AUGAGUAAGUUUGUCUCAUUUUUGAAGACUUCCGUUGUCUCCGUUGGGAUGUUGACCGACUCGUAUGAAGUCUUUUUAAUGAAUAUGGUUUCUGUAAUUCUUUCAGACAUAUAUGGAAAGACAAGUUACUCCUCCACAUUAACCACAACAGUAUUAAUAGGGAUGGCACUUGGUCAAUUGAUAUUUGGGUUCUUAGGUGAUGCCAUUGGCCGAAAGCCCAUGUUUAUAGUGACUGCCAUUUUUCUGAUCUUCUUCUCGGUUGCGUCUGCUUUUGUCUUUCCAAUCAUUUUUGCUGCCCCGUACGUUGGUCUUUCUAUUAUUAGAUUUUUCCUAGGACUUGGGAUAGGAGGGGAGUACCCCUUAAGUUCGACAAUAACAGCGGAGUCCUCGACCAAAAGUACACGUGGCAAGAAAAUGGUUUUUAUUUUUACAAUGAGAGGGAUAGGUAACUUGAUAGCACCUGUUGUGGUAAUGGUGUUGUUAUACAUUCCAAUGAACUUAGAUUAUGUCUGGAGAGUAGCUUUUGCGUUAGGUGCAAUACCGUGUUUACUAACAUUAUACUUCCGGUUCUCAUUGGACUUCCCCAAUAAAGCGCACACGACUAAUAAGCAAAAGAUCAAUUUAAAAAAGGUGUUAGUACACAACUGGAAACCACUUUUGGGGACUGCUGGGACGUGGUUCUUGUUUGAUAUCGCAUUUUAUGGAAACUCUAUGAGCAACGCGAGUAUUCUCCAAAUCAUCGGAUUUGCUGGUGGAGAGUCUUCGAACGCGGAAGACCAACGAGCUUCGUUAAUCACUAACUCAAUUGGAAACAUAAUAUUAACAUCCGUAGCCUUUCCAGGGUUCAUUGUUGCAUAUUUUGUUAUCAAUAGAAUCAAUAAGAAGUGGUUGCAGAUGGGUGGGUUCUUUGGGACUGCAUUAUGUGAAAUAUUUAUAUGUGGUGAUAUACGGGGCCUUUCAUUCUUCUUCCAAAAUUUGGGACCAAAUACGAUGACUUAUAUAUUAUCAACAGAAGUCUAUGACUCGAAGAUAAGAGCAACUUUCUCAGGGCUAAGUGCAGCUUCUGGAAAAGUCGGCGCGAUGAUUGGAACUGCAAUAUUCAAUCCGUUUGCUGAAAGAUUUGGUGUUGGUAACACUUUUUACUUCUGCGCUGCUUUGAUGAUAGUUGGCAUCUUCUUUACAUUAUUUAUACCAUCGAAAUCGUCAUUUGAAGAUGAGCAAAACCCAGAAGAAAAGUCUUUGAAAGAAAAGGAAAUAGAGUUGUCUGGUGUUGCUACUCCAACGGAAAUGAAUACUGAAACUAAAGACUAUGCCUUCUCACCAGCAUCCCCAGCUGAUACUCUCAAACAAUCAAGCAGUGACGUCGAUAAAAUAUUCGCGCCAAUAGUCAGAAAAGAACUCAUCACACCAUCACCACCAAGUGAUGUUAAAGCACAAACAAAACAGCCACUAAUACUUGCAAAUUGCCAAACACCAAGUUCAGAAGAAGAGAAGAAAUGA